GCGAGUAUAAUAAAUAGCUUGAGAAGCCCGCUCAAGUGCCGUAUUCUGUUAUCAAUCAGAGCACACAAUCUGCCCUGCUCGGUUGCCUCUUCUUGCCUUACUUCCUAUCAAAAGAUCUGUCAGCGACCUAUCUCUUUAAAAUAGGUAAUCAGAGGACAUCUUGAGGGAGUGUGUUUCCUAGCCCAACGCCGCACAUUCACCCGGAGGAGCUUUUCGUCACCCCGUCUUUCUCUUCGAGUCCUCUCCCCUUGCCAAGGUCGUGUUUGGAGAUUUAACCGGUUCUGCGCUGGUUGACAGCCUCUCCCCGUUGUUGAUGUAGCACUGCAGCAUCUUCAGCUCCAGGACCCUAAUUGACGAUCGAUUUUGCGGGUUCACCUGUUGAAGAGGUCAUCACUGUGUCGCCGUCCAAAUCGACACAAGAUCCAGAACUUACUUAAUCCUUGAAAAAGCUCUUCUCUCAUCAGGAUUAAUCUCAACCUGGGGCCGAAGCACUCACUCUUAUCUCAUCCCAACCACCCCCCCCCCCCUCUCCAGAAAAUGGCCACCCCCUCAGCCAAGCCCAUCGUCCUCCACAUAGGCGACCCCAUCAAGUACAACCCCGACACCUACGCAGUCCUAUCCAGCCAGUGCACGGUAGUCCGCCCCAGCGCAGCGGAGCGCGAGCGUGCCGAGUUUAUACGGGCGUUGCGCGAGAGGCGGUGGGGCGACUUUGCGGCCAUCUUUCGGCCGUUCUGGGGCACGGGCGGGGAGAUGGGCCGGUGGGAUGCCGAGCUGAUUGACUUGUUGCCGGACAGCGUGAGGGUGUUUGCCAGUGCGGGGGCUGGGUUUGACUGGGCUGAUACUGAGUUGUUGGGGAAGAAGGGCAUCAUCUACUGCAACGGAGGCCUAGCAGCCGCUGAGUCUGUAGCCGACUUUGCCGUAGCCAUGGUGAUUUCCACCUUCCGCCAUCUCCCCUGGGUCAUGUCCGCCGCCACCAUUCCCUACCUCACCUCGUCCUCCUCUUCUUCCUCUUCGUCCUCCUCUUCUUCUCCCUCACCAAACCCCAACGCAGAAGCAGCCUUCCGCUUCUCCCACAACCACACCACCGCCCACGCCCACAACCCCCGCAACCACACCCUAGGCCUCCUCGGCCUCGGCAAGAUCGGCCAGCUCAUCGCCGCCAAGCUCGGCAACCCGUCCAUGGGCAUGCACAUCCACUACACCGACCUGGUCCGCAAGCCCGCCGCCGUCGAGCAGCGCCUGCGCGCCACCUUCCACCCCCACCUGCGCGACCUCAUGGCCGCCUCGGACUGCGUCGUCGUGUGCACCCCCGCCAGCGCGCCCGGCGCCCCGCCCCUCGUGGACGCCGCCUGUCUCGCCUGGCUGCGCGAGGGGGCCCGCCUCGUCAAUAUCGCCCGCGGCUCGCUCGUCGACGAGGACGCCCUGGCGGAUGCGCUGGAGAGCGGGCACGUCUCGGCUGCUGCGCUGGAUGUGCACGGGGACGAGCCGCGCGUGCACAGGAGGCUGCUUCGGCUGGCGGGGACGGAGCUGGCGGGCGUGGGGGGCGAGGACGAGGAGGGUACUGUGAAGACGGUGAAUCCUGGGCGGGUCAUGUUGACUUGUCAUAAUGCGGGUGGCACGGUUGAGACGCAUAUUGGGUUUGAGGAGCUGGCUAUGCGGAAUAUUUUGGCUGUGUUGGUGGAGGGGAAAGAAGCCAUCACGCCUGUGAAUAUGCAUUUUCUAGAGACCAACAAGGACGAAAAGAAGAAGAAGAACAAGAGCAAGACGGCAGAGAAGAGUCGACUAUAA